CAGUAAUGCAGCCAACGUGCAACGAGAUCGUUUCUAUCGAGUGAUCAAAGAUACCCGUGGCCUCGCACGCGAAAACAUCUAUCUGGCCAAAUGACAUGGGAAUUUGUAAUCGAAGGCACUUCCUGCUGACAAUAUGCACCUUGCAACUCAUCACUACGGUAGAGCGCCAGGUCUUCGACUUCCUGGGCUUUAUGUGGGCCCCGAUACUGGUCAAUUUUUUCAACAUUAUAUUUGUAAUCUUAGGGUUUUUCGGAGCUUUUCAAUAUAGACCUAAAUAUAUCAUAUCAUAUUGUAUAUGGAAUACACUAUGGUUAGGGUGGAAUAUAUUCAUGAUAUGUUUCUACCUCGAUGUUGGUGUACUUGACAAAAAUAGUGAUAUUUUAAAUCUUGGUACUGGUAGUUUUUCCUGGUGGCAUGUCAAUGGACCAGGUUGUAAAGCUAUUUAUGAUGUUACUGAACCAGAAUUAUUCAGACCUGCCCGACCUACAAACGUGACAGAUUGUGUGCUAGAUUAUGAAGUAGUUGAAAUUUUACAUGCAUCUACUCAAUGUAUCUUAGGUUUUAUUGCAAUAGUAGGUGGUAUUUGUCUAAGUAAGGUUUUCUUGGAGGAAGAUGAUAGCUUUGACUUUGUGGGAGGUGAUGACUUUGGGUUGGCAGGCCACACGCCGUUACAUCCUAUGUACGUUAGCUACUCGGCUCUUCCAUCACCUGCCCACCCUCACAAAAAUUCCGCUCAAAAUUACCCCGCAGGCACAGCUAGCUCUCAUCAAUCAGUUUGUCACGAUACCAGCUUCCCAAAACAUAACGAUAAAACAUUUAACAGCUCCGGACGAAGUAAAUGUAGCUUCAGAAAUGACACGAUCAGAACUGAACGAAGCAAUCUAUCCAGUCGCGACUUAAAGUAUGUUGAUUACUCUAACGACUAUUCGAAUCCGUUGGAUCAUUUACAGAGGCCUGUAUCCCCAUACGACGAAUACGAUUCAUUGGACAGUGCCGCUAAAUUGAAGUAUCAAAAGAACAAAUUGUACCAUCCGCACUCGUCCAAAUAUAGUCCCGUUGCAUCUCCGCGUGUCAAAUGUCGACCUGUUGCAGCAAAGCAAAAUAAAGCCCCCAAUAAGCCUAGAGUCUUUACCGACCACGUUCGCGAACAGUCAAUGCGGUCGUUUUACUCAGAUCCAAGAUUGGCAAUUGAGAAUCAACAGAACGUGACUGACCAAGAGAAACAGAAUAGGUCUAAAAGAGAUAGUAGACCUCUGUCGUUGUAUGCCAGUAAUUUUUAAAUUGUUAGAAAUUAGAAAAAUAUAUAUAGAGUUUAUUUCUUUCUAACUUAAUCCAUUCGAGGUCGGUGUCUCAUUUGAAGAGGAUCCUGAGAAAUCUAAUACUAUUUUUAAUAUUUCAGCAGAACAGUGAACCACUUUUUUAUUUAAACCGAUAAUGAUGUAAAUGUUUCACUCAUUUCUUUUUAUACUAUUUGACUUUUGUAUAGUGUUUCCUGAAGAUUUCUAAAUUAUUGAUUUGCUUAAAAUUCUUUUUAAGAGAGUUUGCGUUGGAUUAAUAGUAUAGGGUGCAUACAGUGCAUCGUCGACCUCGAAUUGAUUAAAACAGCAUAUGGACUGAAGUGAAAUGUAUUUUAAUGCUAUUUUGUAGAGAAUUCGAAGGUGUUACAUAGAAUUCCUAUCCUUGCCAAAUAGAUAGAACGAUUAGAGAGUAGCUAGCUUAGGGUGCCUUCUCCGAUUGAUUUCUUCUUGUUAGUCUAGAAAGAAUAUCUUUUUCUUUCCUAAAUCAGUUUUUUAACAUCACAGUAACAGGUUAAUAAUUUCUACUACGUCUUUAAAGUAUUUCGACUGAUAAUGCAGAAUAGACAAUGUGUGUUCAGUAGCAUCGUUUGCUUUUUUUACGAAGAUUUUUAUUUACAUUUGCUCAUAGAUAUUUUCAUAUAUACGAUUCAUGUUGGAUUAGACAACAUGCAUUAUUAUAUUAAUGCAUACACUGUGAUACGUAUAGAACUAUGAAUCAUGUUGGUUGAAAAUGUUUAUUCGAUCUUUUUAUUAUCGAACUUGUAACUUUAAGAAGCUAUGCUUGAUAGAUGAGCUUUCAUAAUAUACGAGACAAAAUAACGUUGCAUCUGAAAGGGAACGAAGAGUACAGCAUGAAUGGAAGAAACGCUAUAUGUAAACAUUCACUAAUGUAUAGGAUUAUUUAUAUUUUUUUUUCCUUUUUGUUAUACGAAUAGUACUUAUUAAGAAUUCCCUUGAUGACACGCGUGGCCUGGCUUACAACAUAGCAUUAUGAUAGAGACCUUUAGACUGCAUUGAAAUUAGCUUAUUGUAUCAUGAUGGUGAAGAACUUGUGUUUAUAAGGUGCUGCGAAACACUUUUUCAUUUUAAUGAAACGUGUAUGAGUAUUUGGUAGUGCAUGCUAAUACUUGUUUACGGUUCUUAAGUUCGAUAGAAUAUUUUAUUUUAUAUUCUUCUUUUUUAAACAACGAUGAAGCUACAUUUUGCAUAUCUAUGUAGAUGAAAGUAUACAGAUAAUCGAAAUUUGUAAGAUAUCAUAUACACAGACUCCCUCAUAAAUUUUUACUAAAUUAGUACUUUUGACAUUCCAUGGAUCAAUCAAUCAAAGAAUGUCUAAUAAUAUGUCAAAGCUAAAAAGAAAAAUCUGAAGUGACAAAGAUGCUGUUCUUAUUAUAGACUUCUGUGCAUCUUAAUUACACAGAAUGUUCUGUGAGUUGCAGAUCAAGGCUCGUUGAAAUAUUAGUCCAAUCAUAAGUGUGAUGAGUAAACAACAUUCAAAGAAUCAUCAGGUAUUUAACAACUAAACUUAUAUUCUAGAGUCGAAGAUUGAUUUAAUUAAGAUAUAAAAUUUCAUUAAAGAAAAAAGAAAGAUAUACAAAUUGCUUACUCACCAAGAAUUGGUUUCUUCAGGUGGCACGAAUAUAAAUCAUGAAUAGGCACGAAGAUAUCACUGUUUCCACUGUUCUGAUAAACAGUUGGUUAAUUUGCCAACAAUCAAAAUCGCACAAUAAUCGAUCAAUGAACAUUUAAUGCAAUCCGAUAAUAGACAAUACUUAUAAUGCAAUGCUUAUUGAGCUAUGCAUAUACAAAUGCACUGAAGAAACGGUAGAGUUACGUUUUGCAGUGAUUAAUUGAUGCUGAUAGUUAUAUAAUUUUCAAUGUUAAGUAUCUACAUUCAGGUAUACACCUAUUCUAAACAUCUGUCACAGUCACAAUGAAAUAGCUCUAUACAAUAAUGAGUUGUUUUUCUCAUCACAUCUCAUUGGACCUAAAGCUGACCUUGUUCACGACUCACGAUACUGCCUGUGCGUUACUUAAGAUAUAUUACUUUAAGUUUAAUUCUUAUUGAAUAACUUUGCAAACAUUGCAUACAAUAUUAUUCGCACAGUUAUAUGAUUAAUCAUCUAUUAUAUUUUAAGUCAGACAUACUUAACUUAAUGAAUUUUGCAAGUAAAUUGCUCACUAAAUGUAUACUGUACAUAUAUAUAAUUACGUUUACGUAUUUUACGUAAUUUAUUUAUAAGAGUAAUAAAAACGUUUCACAUUAUGUACUGGAGGAUUUAGCCGAAUAUUUAAUAUUAACGAGUCACUUCAGAUUCAACGUUGAAACGUUUGUUCGUAGUACAAUCGAAGAUUCUUUUAUCUUUCCCUUCUUUUGUCGAAAGCUUGUACAGUAGUGUCGUUGUGUACUCCGUUUAAGGCCGUAGAUUUUAAUUUUAUAGUAUAAUUUAUUUUACUGUAUCAUAUAAUUUACUUUUGGUGCAGUUUACUGGCGACAAUAAACGUGCAAUGCCUACUA